AUGGGAUGUCUUAAGAAAACAGUAGACGAGAGCUGUCCUAAGAAGCCAGACUCAACAGAGACACCUCUGCUACUCGAGGAUUCACCAAAUUUGAAGACACUAGAAGAAGUGAAUGAGGGGAAGAAGAAGAUAAACCAGAUCACAGAGUCACCUCAAAACAGAGAAAAGGGCAAGAAACAUGAUGGAGAAGAACAACAACGAUCACCACUCUCACUUAUAAGCAACACUGGUUUCAGAAUAUGCAGGCCUGUGGCGAGUUUCUCAUGGCCCAAACUGCCUGCUCUUGCAGAUACUGCUGGUGAUACUGCUCCUGGUAAUAAUGCGGAGUUUGCUUCUUUGCCAAGUCACGGACCAUCUUCUACUGCGCAUUCUUAUCCAGUGAAGCUACUUGCAGCUAAGCGUCCUCUCGUCUUGCCUUUUCCCUUCACCAUAAAUUCCCCACAAAUCCGUGAGAUCAGAGAUGAUGGAUUAGCUAGCCUGAAAAGAGAAUUUGAGAGACUCGCUUUCAAAGAAGGAAGAGGAGGAGAAGAGGAGGAGCUUAUUGUCAUGACUACGCCUAAUUCUUGUGUCUCUAGUCAGAACGAUAAGCUGAAGACUCCAGCCAAGGAAAUGCACCCUCAUUUGAUGAAGAAGAAAUGCAAAAUUGAGGAUUAUGGUGAAGAUAAGGGGGAAGCUAAAAAUUCAAAGUUGGCCGCACGGGAGAAAAUUCUCUCAUCGCAUGACAAGACCGAGUGGAGUGUAGUGGUUUCUCCUCGUCGCUAUGUCCGAGUUGGGGCGGAUGAAGAGAGCAUACUCGCUAUCACGGACUUCAACGUCGACCACAACUACCGCCUGACAACAAGAUGCGGUAUGAUGAUGGGCGAGCUCCAAAUUGUGAGGUGUACGUCGGUUGACACACGUCGAGUUCAUAGUCGGCUCUCUCAACACCAUCACCCGGCCGCAUCUUCACCCGGUUGUUUCCAUUUUCUUGUCAGAGCCAUUCAGCCUGGGCCAUUCCGGCUAUUCAGCUAUCCGGCUUGUUGGCUCCAAAUACAAACUCCAGCCACAGCCACAACCACCACCGGUGAAGGGAAAUACUUAGACUGA